AUCUUACAGACAUAGACAGUAGCUUUCUCUAUUCAAGAUUGGUUUCUCAUCUCAAUAUGCCCUCUUCUUCAACAUGUUUGCCGCCUGAAAUUUUUAGUCCAACCGGAUUAGUAUUCACAAUCAUAAAUACCAUUAUGACCCAAGCAUCUUCUCUUUUUAACAUUACCCAAGUUUUUAAUGGCUCUACUUGUUCCUUCACUGAUUAUAGUUUCGGCUGAAAAAUAUCUUUUCCCUUCCUUCUUAUGUCAUCGUUCAAGAUCAGUUAAGCGAGUUGCAAAUGCGAAGAUCUAAGCCAAAGUCUGCCAAUAAUUGAGGAACACUCAUGUAAGAAGCCUGAAUUAAAUCCAUCAAUACUUAGUCUCCUGUUCCAAAGCUCUAGAUCAAUUACACAGUACCAUAUAAAAACAUAACAAAUAUGCUUCGUCCUGUUGCAGGUAUAUAUAUUUAGUUUUUCAGUUGGAGCUGGUCCUGUAAGUGGUCUCAUCAUCCCUGAGCUAAGCAGCAACAAAACGCGUGGAAAAAUCACCGUGGAGAGGAAGGGUAGAUCACUCGAAGAGAAUAUUGAACUGGCUUUAAACACUAGAGACGAAGUGACUUAAAAAUGGAAGAAGGGAAAGAAAGAGAUCAGAAUUGGAAAAUCUAUUUUCAUCAAAUGUUGUAAAACUCGUGAAGUCAAUAUUGUUUCAUGAUUCGUCUCACAAGCUUAAGAAAACCUACUCACAUGAUAUAUCUAAUGGUUUGCACGUCUAUAAGAAACAAUAAAGAUAUAUGAUCACAUUAUAAAUAUUCUUGUCGCCUAAGAUAUUGAAUUUAAAGAUGCUAGCCACUCCUUUGGUUUGUUUAUAAAAAGAUAACAUAACACAGCUUGGCAUUGGAUUUAACCUAUAAGGAGCUUGUAGGAAUUAAACUCAUCUUGAUUGUGAUAUAAUAAUAGCUUUACACGAAUCGCUUGACAAAAAAACUUGUAAAACAUACAUCUACAAAGUUUGAAGCGUGCUAUGCAAGCUUCUAAGUUCUACCAACAACAUUGUUAAUUCUACGCGCCAAUAGCGCGCGUGUGUGAAUGAUAGAAGUCUCUGUUUUCUAGUCAACCCAUAUCGUUGUCAUGUCUUAAAAGGAUCUCUCGAGUCUCCAGCCAUUUAAUUCUGUCUUCCACUCUUUUAUAUUUAGAAGACGCAACAAAAAAAUUGCCAACUCUUUCCCCUUAGAGAGAGAAACAAACAAACAAAAAAAAUCUAGAGGGAGAAUAAGAAACGCGACGUCCACAACAAUGCCGAGCAAGCUGAAAAAAGCGAUUGGAGCGGUCAAAGACCACACGAGCAUCAGCCUCGCCAAAGUCGCCACCGGAGCCAACGGAGGCGGCGAUCUCACCACCCUCGAGGUAGCCAUCCUCAAAACCACGAGCCACGACGAGGACGUCCCGAUCUACGACCGCCUCGUCUCAGACAUCCUCGCAAUCAUCUCCUCGAAGAAAUCGCACGCCGCCGCUUGCGCCGCCGCCAUCGGACGCCGCAUCGGACGAACAAAGAACUGGAUCGUCGCGCUCAAAUCCUUAGUCCUCGUCCUCAGGAUCUUCCAAGACGGCGAUCCUUACUUCCCUCGCGAAGUCCUCCACGCCAUGAAACGCGGCGCGAAAAUAUUAAACCUCUCAACCUUCCGCGACGAUUCGAACUCGUGCCCUUGGGAUUACACAGCCUUCGUCCGCACCUUCGCGCUAUACCUCGACGAGCGGCUCGACUGCUUCCUAACCGGGAAAUUACAAAGACGUUACACUAACCGGGACCAAACCGGACGAAUAACCACCUCCAAAUCCCGGUUUAGUCCUAAAUUAAAUGAACCGGCGGUUAGAGACAUGAAACCGGUUAUGCUCCUCGACAAGAUCACGCACUGGCAGAGGUUGCUAGACAGAGCCAUCGCGACGCGGCCGACGGGAGACGCGAAAGCCAACAAGCUCGUGAAGAUGUCUCUCUACGCCGUCGCGCAGGAGAGCUUCGACCUCUACAGAGACAUCUCCGACGGGUUAGCUCUUCUCCUCGACAGCUUCUUCCAUCUCCAGUACCAGUCUUGCAUGCACGCGUUUCAAGCGUGCCUUCGAGCUUCGAAGCAGUUCGACGAGCUCAACGGAUUCUACGAUCUCUGCAAAUCCAUCGGCGUGGGGCGCACGUCUGAGUACCCUAGCGUUCAGAAGAUCUCGUUAGAGCUUCUCGAGACGUUGCGGGAGUUUUUGAAAGAUCAGUCGUCGUUUCCGCCGCCGCCGAAUAGUCUUCUUCCACCUACGCAGCCUCAGGCGACGGUUUUGAGCUCGCCUGAGGCUUCGGAGAGGUACUGGGACUGUGGGGGGUCGUUUCGGAGUACUUCUUUGGAGGAUUUGAUGAGCAGGACUGAUGCGGGGACGAGUAGUCCUCCGAUGUCGUGUCAGUCAGAGCCUUACGGAGGAGGGAGAGACGAUCUUAACGGGAAUAGCUUCGAUACCGUUUCGACUAAGUCUCUUCCUAACAAUCCAUCUGUUUCUGCCAAAGAGAAGAAGAAGGAAGAAGAUGCAAAGGUGGAGGAGGCUUUUGAUCCUUGGGAGGCGUUGAUGUUGCGAGAUGAUCCGAGGAAGAACGUAGAAACGAUUACAACCUCUGAGGAUCAGAGAGAUUCAGGGAACUGGUUGCUUGCGCUGGAAGAAACAGCUACACAAGUACAUGAUACUAACCCUAUGGCGAUAGUACCAUCAGGGAACUGGUUGCUUGCGCUAGAAGAAACAGCUACGCAAGUGCAAGAUACUAACUCGAUGGCAAUAGUACCGUUCGGAUUGAAUGAUCCGGUGCCUGCGUUUCAAGCCACCACAGACCAAUACAAUCCAUUCUUGGAGGAUACAGCUACUCCGCCGUUAGCUGAAGAGUCAGACUUUCAGCCUUUAGCUGGAGAACUGAUGACCACGUUCAAUGCCUUGGCUGUGACGGAGUUUCAGCCGGAACCGACGUUUCAGGUGAACUUUCCUGAAGAUUUUGAGCCGUCGUCUACGCCAACGUUCAAGGCCAUAGGGAGUUUGCCGGAGAAGUGUGACCCAUUUGCAACAUGUGAGAGUUUUGGGUUCGGAGAGACGGUUUCGGAAAAUGGAGGGGUAAAUCAGCAAUCUGUGUUGCAAGAACAGCAGUUGUGGUUGCAGAAUCAAAACAAGAUCAUGGCUAAGCACUUGAUAUGAUCUUAAUUUGGCUAGACAGAGAUUGAGAUGCUUCUUUUGAUAAUUUUCUUUUGUUAAAUUGUAAGCUGAACUGUAACUAAUUUUUUCGUAA